AUGUCCUCGAUAUCCAAGAAGGAUCCAGCUACACCCCUACCCGAUGAAGAAGAGGAACCCGCUGUCUCAGUGCCGGAUACAGGCGACGCUGGUGAAGGGGGCAAGCUCAAGAUGAUUGUUCAGCUCGUCAAGAAGUGCUUUGGAGUGAAGGAUAUUGCUACCAUGCGCCUUUCAUUACCCGCAUCACUCCUAGAGCCUAUUCCCAACCUCGAGUGGUCGCAGUACCUCGACAGACCAGAUUUCUUCGCUGCUAUUAACGACUCUAACGAUCCCUUUGAACGAAUGCUGGCCGUCUUGCGUUUCACAUUUACGAAGGAUCUCAAAUACGUCUCUGGUAGGGUAUUCAAGCCGUACAACUCUGUACUAGGAGAACACUUCCGGGCCCACUGGGACGUCUUCCCGGUAGUGAGCUCAGGACACCCGGACCGGCCGCCCAUCGUCCUGACAGAACCCCCAACGACAAGCUUACUCGAGACCUCUAGCAUCAAGAGCGGCAGAAGCUCCAAGAGCAGCACGAGCAAGAGCCCAUCAACAUCACUGAACGCCCACAUGUCUAGUCUCAGCCUUGGCGGCCAAGACAAACUCCGAAUAGCCUACGUUACAGAACAAGUCUCACACCACCCGCCUGUGUCCGCGUAUUAUGCAUCCUGUCCCGACCGCUCCCUUGAACUCCUGGGCGUCGACCAGAUAUCCGCCAAGGUCUCCGCGGCGAUGACGGUCAGAGUUGUUCCUGGGAGCUAUAACAAGGGGAUGUUCGUGAAGAUUACUGGGGGACACGGGGAGGGCGAGCGGUACCAGGUCACGCAUCCUGUUGCGAGUGUGAAUGGACUGCUGAGGGGGAGCUUUUAUGUCACGGUGGCAGAUACGACGAUUAUCACUUGUACGGGGGGCAAACACGGGCCCAAGUUUCGGGCGAUUAUCGAAUAUAAGGAGGAGUCAUGGCUGGGUAAAGCGCGGUUCCGGUUAGAGGGGAUCAUACAUCUCGUCAACGAGGGCGACAAGGUGGACGGCUGGAAGACGGUCAAGGACGUCCCCCAGUCGCUCGUCGUAGCUGUGUUCGACGGGUCUUGGAGAGGGCAUAUCCGCUGGCGGCGGGUGGGGUCCGGUUCGUACCCGACCACGACCUCUUCUGCGAGUUCUUCUCCCUCCCCAGUCCAUAUGUCCCUCCCUCGGUCGAACGCGACGUCCAAGGCAGAUUUGGCAACGGUGUCGGAGGGAGAGUAUUCAACGCUGAUCGAUCUCGGGGAACUAGAGGUUAUUCCGAAACAAGUGAGGCCGCUAGAGAGGCAGUUACCGCACGAGAGUAGACGACUGUGGAACAACGUCACGAGUAAGCUACAGAAUAAGGAGUAUUCGGAUGCGACGAAGGAGAAGGUGGCUAUAGAGCAGAGGCAGAGAGAAGAGGCUGCUGAGAGGAAGAAGAAGGGUAUCGAGUAUGUACCUCGGUACUUUGACAAGGAUAUCGACUCUGGAGUACCUGUUUUAACGGCAGAAGGUUGGAAGGCGCUUCAGGAGGAGCUCCAGGAACCUUCGCAGUAUCAUAUAGUCGGCUCUGCUGACGCUAAGCUUUCUUCAUAA